AUGUAUCCUGUUAUGCUUCGUACGUUCACGCAUAUACUUCGUGACGAAUACGGACUGCGUAGUGCGCAACAAGUUGAUGUAUAUGAACAAGUUGGGAUUAUACGUCUAAUUAGACCUAAUCCGAACUACAAUAACGGUAAGUGGCAUCACGUACUGAAUUUGACCCAGCAUCCGUUGUUUGAGAACUGCAUAGGUGUGAUUGACGGCAUGCACGUCAAAGCUAUCUUGCCGCGGGACGAACGAGUAAAUUUUAUCGGAAGCAAGGGCAUUUCAACACAGAAUGUUCUUGUAGCAUGUGAUUUCAAUUUGUGUUUCACAUUCGUGCAUGCAGGGUGGAUGGGGACCACGCAUGAUUCCCUCAUGUUGGCUCGGGCCAUACAUAGUCCCAAAAUUGAUUUUCCGAAGUCUGCCCCUGGAAAAUAUUAUCUUGUCGAUUCAGGAUUUGUCCAUAGACCUGGGUACAUGGUUCCGUAUAAGGGUUUAGAUAUAUUGUAUCAUUUUCAGCAAUUCUACGAUGGUCAAACAGGUGCCAGACGGAACUUUUGCAAUGCACAUGAGAGAUUUAACUUCAGGCAUUCGUCAUGUCGAAACGUUAUUGAAUGCGCAUUUGGAGUGUGGAAAAGUGGAUGGAAAAUACUGGAUCGUAUGCCGAGUUACAAUUUCAAAGUACUGACUGCUGUUGUCUUAGCGACAAUGGGUAUACACAACUUCCUCAGACGGGCAGGAGUUGUGGAAAAAGCGUUCACAAGAGCGGAGACAGAUCCUGAUGCGGCGGAGGUAGAACUUCCAGACGAGCAAGAACAAGCCGCUGCUGAAUUUAAUGCUCCAGAAAUGCAACGAAAUGAAAGGGAUCGCUUUCGAGAUUAUUUGGCUCAACGUCAUUGA